AUGCAUCAAAACACCUUUUAUUUCGAUGCUUCGAAGAACGAAAUAUGCCUGGAGAAUUGUGGAGGAAUGAACGGUGCAUUUGAUAUCAUCAAAUGCACUGUGGUGGGAAUCAUAGCUCUUCUGAUUAUUAUUGGCAAUAUUUUUUGCUUGCUGGUGUUGUGGCGUACGAAGGAAAUCCAUUUGAUUUCUCGACUGUUUAUGGCGGCUCUGACUGCAACUGACCUCACUUUUGGUUUCUUAGUCGUUCUUCCAGUCGCUGUUUCCUCUGCUUACAACAUAUGGCCGGUUAUCCAUGACACAAUGUGUCACUUUCACGAAGCGAUAACGUCAGUUUUAGGUGGCGCCUUAACUAUGAGUUUACUUGGUAUCAGCAUUGACCGUUUGAUAGCUGUAUGUAAACCUCUGCAAUACCCAACUAUUAUGACUCAAAGGCGGGCACUAAUACUCAUUAUUACCCUAUGGGCGUUACCCUUCAUUUAUCGAAUCAUCAGUAAAUGGUCGAUUGGUUUAUACCAGUUGCAAUUUCGAUCAGACAGUGAUAUGUGCUGGGUGUGCACCAAGCAGACAGGCCAUACUGUGUACACGGCUGGUGUAGGACUUUUUAUGGUGAUUCCUUGCUUUUGUACAUUCUGCAUCUACGCCCGAUUGUUUGUGAUAGCACGCCGCCACGCACGACGUAUCGCCGUGCUCCCAAACAACGUGCCCCAAAAUAUGGACGGUGAAGUAUUCAACAUGCACACUAAAUCUGCUGUAACGUUCCUGUUGAUAACUGCAACAUUUGGAAUCUGCUGGAUGCCCUUUACUGGUGUUUGGUUGUACCGAGAAAUUACGGGAGAAGCGACAAGUGAAUACCUCGUUGUCGCUGCCCAACUGACAACUUUUUCGAGCAGUUGGUUAGACUGCUUGGUGUAUUAUUAUCGUAGUAAAGUCUUCAAACGAACGGCGCGGAAGAUGAUUUGUAAAAUGUGCUGUUGUUUGAGGAGCAGUCGAAGGAACACAACGCGUCUUCCAACUGUUAGAACUAUUAAUGUUAGAGAAGCACAUGAGCUAGACUGCUCAACAACUUCAGACUGGAAGUAA